UAGUGACUUUACAUGCCCACACUUUCUCGCUCAAACCAGAAAUCUCAUGGCUUGACUGACCUUGAAUGAGAUCAACAGGUCCUCUGAAAUUUCGUCUCAUUCAAGUGUCCCUUCGUGUUCAAGUCUGAGAGAUUGAAUCAAAUGAAUAGCAGGAUGGAAUACAUCGUUCAUCCCAUCGCAAAUCCUGGUAUCAGCAUGAGUGAUUUCGUAGUGGGCGGCAUCGAAGGUGGAGCAACCCACUCCAUGCUCAUGCUCUUCGAUGGUCAAAUGAAACCCAUCGCCAAAGUGGAAGGUCCGGAGACCAACGUGUGCCAAUUGGGCUACGAGGACGCUUGUAAGAGAAUCCUGUCCCUGAUCAAAAAGGGCUUGGCCGUGGCUGGAUUGCCGGAGGACACCAAACUGAAGAGUUUUGGUAUGAGCUUGAGCGGUUGCGAGCGAGAGGAAACCAACCAAGAGGUCAAAAAGGCCAUGGAGGAUCUUUAUCCGGGUGUGCCCUUUGUCGUGGUCAGCGACACGCAAGGCACCUUAGCCACGGCAUCCGAGAAAGGGGGCAUUGUCUUGAUCGCUGGAACUGGAUCCAAUGCGUUGUUAGUCAACCCGGAUGGAACGACCUCCCGUUGUGGAGGAUGGGGUCAUUUGAUCGGGGAUGAAGGGUCAGCCUUCCACAUAUCCUUGAAAGCGGUCAAAACCUACAUUGACCAUGAAGACAAUAAGGUGCCCGCCCCGUACGACAUCACCUACGUGCGGAAUGCAAUCAUGAAGCAUUUCCAGCUCAAGGAUCGAUUCGACAUCAUUCCCCAUUGCUAUGAGAACUUUGCCAAAGCCAAAUUUGCCGGACUCUGUCGGUUCAUUGCCGAAGGAGCCGAGCAAGGCGAUCAGCUUUCGCAGUCUUUCUUCGAAGAGAAUGGUCGUCAACUAGCCUCCCAUUUAACGGCUAUGGCCCGCCACAUCAACCCCGAACUUCGGCAAGCCCCCGAUGGGCUGCCGGUGGUUUGCAUCGGGUCCGUUUGGAAGUCGUGGAAAUUUCUGGAAAAGGGAUUCAUUACCGAACUGGCCAAAAGCAGAGACCUGAUCCCGGCCAUCCAGCUUCUGCGGCUCAAAGUGCCUGCCGCCCUGGGGGCGUGUUACUUGGGCGCCGAUAAGGCGGAUGUCCCUUUGCCCAAGAGCUACGGGGACAACACCGAAAUGUUUCAUGAAGCUCAAUUCUGAUCGCAUCGUCCAUUCAAUUCUGUGCAUUGCCAGUAAUCUCAUCCUUAUUUUGUAUCAUAACCUCAGCCUGAAUUCAAAAAACCGUCUUCCUCCCUUCAA